AUGAUCCGCAGAUCUGCCUCCCCGUCCACAGCGACCACGCCGGCGGACGACGGCGCCGCCAGGUUUCCCGCCGGAGAUUACCGGAGGUAGAGUAGACCUUAUCGUCCCCUCUCCCAACAAUUUCCUCUUAUUUCUUUGGGACGAUGGCGUGGGGUGUGGGUGAUGAUGCUCUUCUCCGGCGAGUCUCAGGCCGGGGGAAACCACCGGCGAGGCCAAGUCGCCGGAGUUGGAGGCCUUCUUGGAGCUGGUCGACAGGGAGGCCCACCGGCAGCGCCUGCUGCGGGAGGCGAGAAGGAAGCCGCUGCCAUGGCAGCCGUCGUUCGAGAUGGAAGACUUUGGAAGCCCUCCGGCGUCGGCUUGCUCGGAGAAGCUCGCUGGCGAAGAGAAGAAGAGGGAGAGGGAGACGGGUCCGCUCGCCGGCGGCGGCGAGCGGGAGGAGGAUCCGGGGAGGAAGAAGAAGGCGGCGGCGAUGGGGACCAUGAAGUGGGAUCUGAACAAGAGAGAUGAGUCCUCUGACGACAAGUGA